UGACGUCACGGAUUCUGAAUCAGUGCGUGGCAGACUGGGUCGGGCUGGGCCACAAGAAAAAAGAGAGAGAGAGAGAAAGAGAGAGAGAAGAAGAGAACAACAUCUGGAUCGAAAGGGAAUAAUGUGGGAUCCCACGGUGCUCCUGCAGGGUCUGUCCUCCGGCUGUGGUCCACGCAUGAUGACUGUCACUUCAGACUGGAUCUAACUCGGGAUAUUUUAGUCCGGACGCGUGGGACGAGCUGUCACACAUCAGACUAGACUAUGGAUCAGUCCGUCGCAAUUCAAGAAACUUUGCAGAGGGAAGAGAACUGCAUCAUAGCUGUCCAAUGUGAUGUCCUUCUUGACAAUACAACAGAGAGCAGACUGCUGGGUUUGGUGGAGUCUGCAAAAGAAUCCGAAUCUGCAAUCUUUAUUUAUAUACAUCGAAGGAUGGCCAUCACUGCUGAUGACGUAUCACUGGAGGACAUUAUUCCCAUCUCUACUGACUUUGCUGUUGUGGAGGUCUCCUCCCCUGAGGAACUUGCAGCUGUAGGUGCAGAUACCAGAGUGAGAAUAAGCUACGAGGACUACGAAUUAGAGCUCAGACUGCCCUUUGGGUCCCACUCACGCCUUUUCCUCAGUGAGGUCAACAGGGCGUGGAGUGAUGUCUGCAAGUCUCCGUCAUCGGUGCCCAAGUUUGACUGGAUCGAGAAAUACCACAAAUCCACCAAAGGAGGCAAGGGAAACAUCAAACAUUCCCUGGCACCCCUUGGCUCGAAACUCACUCAACUCAACCAGCACCGGAAAUCAGAGAAAUCAUUAGACAAAAAGGGAUCAUUUGAAAAGGAAAAAGGUUCCAACAGUGAUCCAGUGAAGUCCAGAGCACAUUCAAACCCAGAGAGUCAGGGCAUCUCUAGUCGUGAGGACAGGGAUGACCUGGUGCGCUCCUCCAGCCACACCACAUCGAACAAAGCGCAGAUGCUGGCCAUGCCUCAGUUUGGCCUGCGAGACAACCUCAUCAGGUGUGAGCUGCUGAAGAAUGAAGACCUUUACACAUACCUGGAAAACUUCAGCUUUUUCCUUGGCACAUACAAUGUAAACGGACAGACACCGAAGGAAAGCCUCCAUCCAUGGCUGAGCUGCACUCUCAACCCUCCUGACAUUUAUUGUGUGGGUUUCCAAGAGCUUGACCUCAGCAAAGAGGCUUUCUUCUUCAGCGACACCCCCAAAGAGUUGGAAUGGACAAGAGCUGUGUCCAAGGGGCUGCAUCCAGAUGCCAAGUAUGCCUUAGUGAAGUUGGUGCGUUUGGUGGGCAUCAUGCUACUUUUCUAUGUGAAGAAGGAGCAUGCGGAGUUCAUAUCUGAUAUAGAAGCUGAAACCGUGGGCACUGGAAUCAUGGGAAGGAUGUCUCCUCCUCACUCUUUGAUUUCGCAGGGAAACAAGGGUGCCGUUGCAAUCCGUUUUCACUUCCACAACUCUGAUAUCUGCGUGGUCAACUCCCAUCUGGCUGCCCACAUCGAGGAAUACGAGAGACGUAAUCAAGACUACAAAGAUAUUUGCAGCCGUCUCCAGUUUCGCCAGCUCGACCCUACACAGCCUCCUCUCACUAUCAUGAAACACGAUGUGGUUCUAUGGAUUGGAGACCUCAACUACAGAAUCAGUGACCUUGAUGCUGACAACGUGAAGGACUUAAUCAGCAAGAAGGACUUUGAGUCACUGCACAGUUAUGAUCAGCUCAAGAGGCAGAUCGAUGAAGAAGCUGUGUUUGUCGGCUUUGUGGAGGGAGAGAUCGAUUUUCAACCCACCUACAAAUACGACACUGGUUCUGACAUGUGGGAUACAAGUGAAAAGUGUCGUGUGCCAGCGUGGUGUGACCGCAUCCUGUGGAAAGGGAAGAACAUCACACAGCAACAUUAUCAGAGUCACAUGGCUCUGAAGACCAGUGACCACAAACCAGUCAGCUCCCUGCUCAUCAUUGGGAUCAAGAGAGUAAAUCCUGAGGCCUAUAAGAAGACCUUUGAAGAGAUUGUACGCAAUAUAGACAAAAUGGAGAAUGAGUGUAUUCCAUCUGUGACCUUGUCAAAACGAGAGUUCCACUUCAAGGAUGUUAAGUUCAUGCAGCACCAGGCAGAAACACUGAGCCUCUUCAACGACGGGCAGGUCCCGUGCCAGUUCGAGUUUAUCCAGAAGCCAAAUGAGCCCACAUACUGCAAGCCAUGGCUCACAGCCAACCCCCCCAAAGGUUUCAUUGCUCAGGGUGGCUCCGUGGAUAUUGACCUUGAGGUUUUUGUGAACCGCACAACAGCUCCUGACCUGAACUCUGGCAAGCAGGAAAUCGAAGACAUCUUGGUGCUCCACCUGGAGCGUGGCAAGGACUACUUCAUCUCUGUGACAGGAAACUACCUGCCCAGCUGCUAUGGCAGCUCUAUUCAUUCAUUGUGUCAGUUGAGGGAGCCCGUCCAGGACAUGCCACAGGAGGUACUCCGUGAGCUGGCGGACAUGUCCAAAGAAGAGAAUGCAACAAACACUGAAAAGCCUCUUGACAUCCCUAAAGAACUGUGGAUGAUGGUGGAUCACUUGUUCCGCAAUGCAAUCAAACAGGAGGACAUUUUCCAGCAGCCUGGUCUCAGGAGUGAAUUUGCAGAAAUAAGGGAUUGCCUUGACACUGGCAUACCCGAUUCUCUUCCAGGAAGUAACCACUCAGUGGCAGAAGCCUUGCUUCUCUUUCUAGAUGCCCUCCCAGAGCCUGUUGUUCCCUACUCUUUGUACCAGCAGUGCCUAGAAUGCUGCUCUAAUGCCAGUCAGUGUGAGAAGGUAAUUUCCAUGCUACCUCAGUGCCAUCAAAAUGUGUUCAACUAUUUAGCUGCCUUUCUCCGUGAGCUACUGAAGAAUUCUGCCCAUAAUCGAUUAGAUGUCAACAUUUUGGUCACUAUCUUUGCAUCCUUGCUCCUGAAGUCACCCACGAAGCAAGAUCUGGCGGAAAAAAGGAAGACUCAGGAAUUCUUUCAGCAUUUCCUGAUCCAUGGCUCCGCUUAGAUGAGGGACUUCUCCUUGUUGUGUGUCAUGCUGAAGUUGAACACUAAAGUCCAGUAUUUUAAAUAAAGUAUAAUUUUCUUACAUUUCUUGAUGGUUCUUUAUAUAGAUGGUAUAAUUAAGUGAAAAGUCUUAUCUAGUUCAAUUUGUUUGAUAUUAAUGUUUGUGAGCUGAUGCACAGAUUUGAAUGUAUAUCACUGAGCAUCUGUAGAAAGCUAACAGUUUUUAUUGUAUGUAUAUUUUAUUUAAAGAAAUAAUUUGUAUUUUUAAUGUUUCUGAUCUCAACAUAUUGUUUUGAUAUAUAAAAGAGAUGAAAAAAGAA